GGUUUUAGGCUGGGUUUCUGUACAUCACUUUGAGAUAUCAGCUGAUGUACGAAGGGCUAUAUAAAUAAAUUUGAUUUGAUUUGAUUUGGAUGGUGGAGCGUGUACUCCACCUGUGGAUUUCUAUUCCAAGAGAAGAGGUCACUUAAACGUACCUAAUUAGUAAAGAAAUUACCAUUGUGAUAGCGUGAUGAUGUGACUAUUUUAUGCAGAAAUAGUUUGGCGAUUGGUCACAUUUGUAAGCCCUCACAUAAUAUGCAGGGAAUUGUUGAUUUUGCAACCAAAACAAUGCGAUGGCAGAGUACUGGAGUAAACUCCCAGUAAUCCCCGUGACUGCGUGUAGGUUAAGAUUGGGUUGUAACAGAGUAUCAGAGCGAGACGUUCCUACCUGUCAGCUAGUAAUUGUUCUGUGUGGUGACAUGAUCAGAGUGGCCUGACUUCUUCCACUUAUUACAGAUGUCCGACUUAGAUAUGUUGAGCAUCCUGCUAUGAUGUCCAUUACCAAGCCGGAACACUCCGAGGCCAACCCUCAGUGCCAGACUGGCAGCCGGCCGGUGGCUGAGCCCGAGACCACUGCUGUUCACAAUAACAGUGGAGGCUGGCUCAGCUGGGUCUUUGGGAGUGGAAGAGUUAAUAAGAAGGAGGUUCAUCUACCUGAGGACAAAGACAGAUCUAUUGUCUGGGAUCCAACUCUGCACAGAUGGGUUAACAAAACUGAGCCCAAUGCUGAGAACAAGUGUGUACAACCACCUCCACGAAUGGGGACAUAUGGAUAUCAGGAGAACACUGGCAGUGUCCCCAAAGGACAGGUCUAUGGGGCAGCAGAUACCCUACAAUGCAUUACAAUGAUGAGACCAACUCAAAGCCUUGGGCCUGGACUGCUUCCUAGACAGCUCUCUGGCUUGCUCCCUCCUUCACACUUUGACCUCAUGGCACCAAUGGUUGUACCACCUGACACUCUACCCUACUGAGGUAACCUGCUGUUCCUGGCUGUGGUCAGCCAUUUUGGGACGAAGCUGCACGGGCCCAGGCUCAUUGCUAUGGGCUGUAGGAUCCUUCCUCACAGGCCUGCCACACUUCUUCAUGGGACAGUAAAACAACUGAAAUACUGGUUUAACUUGUACUUGUAGAGGUACUCCAAUGCGGAGGAUAGUUUCACUUUAGAAAUUAAGAAAUGUAUCCAGUUGUUGAUUAAUCUCAGUUAACUUCGAACUAAAGUCUUGCGUAAUUGGUCAGCUGCUUGAUUAUGUUUUGGGGCCAUACAUGUUAUGAGAAGGGAUUAAGAGAUGCUAUAACUGUGACGUGGUAAGGUUGGACCCAGGUGCAGAGAAGAGACCAGAAGUUGAAGCAGUGGUUCCAACCAGGGUCUCCACCCCUCAAGGGCCCACUUAACUGCCAAGAGCUCCCGGUUACCUAUAUUGUAGUUGCAUUCCGCUGGCGAGAACCAUUUAGAGAGAAAGGAGCAUGGGUGCAGUUCCUUGUCCUCCUCUUUCCUCUGUGAAAGUACCGCACCAGCUCCGGUGUCCGAGGCGUCCACCUCUACCACAAAGGGACGAGUAGGAUCAGGAUGAAUGAGGAUGGGUCCGGAGGUGAAACGUCCCUUGAGCUCUAUGAAUGCCCUGUCAGUCUCGGGAUUCCUGCAAAAACCUGCUUGAGUGAGGUGGGACAGGGCCGUAUGUGUUCCGGGAAGGGUUUUUGGAGAAGAUCAGGAUGUCGUCGAGGUAAACAAAGACGAACCGAUCCAACAAAUCCCUAAGAGUGUCAUUGAUCAAUGCUUGAAAGGCAUAAGUUAUUUUCAACCAUUAACUGGGGCCUUGUUGAGGCCUUAUCUAAGUAAGUAAUGGCUGAUUGACAAUAAAGUAUUAUUUUGAUGUAUGGAAAAUAUAUGGUAUGCAAUUCCUAUGUAGAGAAGGUUCUCUCUGGUAGUUGUUCAAUAUGACUUCAACUUUUACAGGGUACUCUUGUAAAAUAAAUGUUUAAUCUCAGUGUGACUCUUAAACCCUGUUUAAAUAAAAGUUUAAUAAAAAAAAACAUCAACACAAACACAGGAUAUGGGCUACACAUGGUAUCACAUCCUGACAUACUUGGCCCUACUGCACCUGCAUUCCAGCAUCUGGAAUUGACUCAACAUGUUUGAGGUGGGGGAUCAAUACAUGUGCUGGAAGAGGUGUCUGCCAAAUGUAUGAUUCUGAUAUGUACAGGUAAGUUCAUUGUGUGUGGGGGGCAUCCAUGUUUGUGUCCGUACUCUGAAGUGCGUUUGAAUAUGAAUGAGCAGCAGUGUUGUGAUACUUAAUGAUCAUUUUUCACUAUCUUCAACCCUCAAGAACCAGGGUGAGUCUGGGUCACCCUUUUACUGGGCAAACACAACUUGUAUAUCAUCAUAGACAGGGCCGAAACGUUAAUCUUUUAACCUUGCUUGAAUAAAACAAUGCAUU